GGGCAGAUGGCAACUGUCGGAGUCAGUUUUGUUUACGGCAAUGCCGCGUAGACCCUGGACCAUUUCACAGCAUUACGGCAUUGGGUCAAGGUUCUGUACAGCAACUGCCGAACUUCUGUGCAACCAAUGGUGGAGGACUUUUAUGGACGAUGCUGCUCAGUAGAUUUGAAGAUGAAACUCAAUGCCUGAAAGGUACAAGAACUAAUAAAACUACUUACAAUAGGACAAGAAAAUCUACACCGUCGACAAGGACAUGAAGCGACUUCCAUGAUGAACUCCCUGUGCAUUUUUUCCUCCUCAUCUUCUAACCCCGCAAAACGGCCAAUCCUGUACACACCCCUCUAUGUGCACUAGUGGGUUCUGCUCGUCCUUCGCACGCCAAUGCCAUCAGGGGUCGACGAAUGCAGGAUUUGGUUUGGGUGAUGUGGCGGUGAUGACCGAAG